GGCGUGCGAAAAAGGAUAUGUCUCUUGCUCUUGUUUGUUCUGAGGGUUGCCUGAGCUGCCGAAAACCAAUUGAUGGUGAAAGAUACAUUUAUGUUGGUGAUGGAAAACGGGUUGAAGUUGAGGUUAUUGGUGUUUUUAGAUUAUUAUUAUUAUUAAAGUCAAGUUUUUAUUUGGAUUUGAAAGACACAUUUGUUGUUCCGUCAUUUAGGCAGAAUUUAAUUUAUAUUUCUGCAUUGGACAAAUUUGGUUAUUCUUGUUCAUUUGGAAAUAGUUAGUUUAGUCUAUAUCAAGAUUCAAAACUUAUUGGUGUUGGUCUUUUAUCAGUUUAUGAUAAUUCAUAUUCACUUGAUAUAAUUGGCUCAUAUAAUGAAACCUUACAUUUAAGUACUCGUGGUACUAAAAGAAAAUUAGCCAAUGAGAAUUCAUUAUCACUUUGGCAUAAGCGUUUAGGACAUAUUUUUGAACAAAGAAUUCAGAGACUUGUGUGAGAUGGAAUUCUCGAUUCCCUUGACUCCUCCAAUUCUGACAUUUGUGUUGAGUGUGUUAAGGGAAAACAAACGAACAAAAGGAGAUUAGGUGUCGAGAGAGCUUCAGAUAUAUUAGAAUUGAUAUAUAGAGACAUUUGUGGACCAUUUCCUACACCAUGUAGAAAUGCUCAAAUAUAUUUUAUCACAUUCAUAGAUGAUUACUCUCGUUAUGAUUACUUUUACCUCAUUCAUGAAAAGUCUCAAUCAAUAGACGUGUUCAAAUCUUAUAAGGCUGAAGUUGAAAAUCAACCAGGCAAAAGAAUAAACACCGUUAGAUAUGACCGUGGUGAUGAAUACUAUGAUAGAUAUGAUGGUUCCUUUGAACAACGUCCAUGGCCUUUGCUAAAUUCCUAGAGGAGUGUGAGAUUGUUCUUCAGCACACCAUGCCAGGAACUCCUAGCAUGAAUGGUGUUGCUAAGAAACGAAACUGCACAUUGAAGGACAUGAUUAGGAGUAUGAUUUGUGAUACUACUUUACCAGAUUCACUCAGGGGAGAGACACUGAAAACUGCAGCUUACAUACUCAACAGAGUUCCCACUAAAGCUACAACUAAAACCCCUUAUGGAAUUUGGACUGGAAAGAACCCCGGUAUAAAUCAUUUCCAUGUUUGGGGUUGUCGAGAUGAGGCCUUAUAGGCCAAAUGAAAAUUAGUAGCUAUUUUGUAGGAUACUCUGAGAAGUCAAGGGGGUAUAAGUUUUAUGAUCCCACUACCAGGACUAUUUUUGAGAUGGGUAAUGUUCGACUGUUUGAGGAUAUUGAGUUUGGGGGUGGGGAGAUAAUGUUAGAGAUUUUGUCCUUGAAAAAGAGCAUGUUAAGAGCAUGUUACUCUUCCUUCAGUUGUCAUUGAACAUGAUCAAGAUAUUUUUAUUCCUAAUGAUGUUCAAGAAACAACUCCAGUUCAGGACAAUCUCGAAAACCUCCCCAAUCAAGUACAUGAAAAUAUUUGUGAAGAUCAAACUCAACAACCUCAAGAACCUGAGGUGUCAUUGAGGAGAUCCACUCGAGAGAGGAGAAGUGCAAUUCCAGAAGAUUAUAUUGUAUAUCUCUCCAAGAACAUGAGGAAAAUUGGGAAUUGGUGGAAGAAAUAAUUGUCUUCCUCCAAGAACAAGAAUCAGAUGUUGGUUUUGUGGAAGAUGAUCCAAUCAACUUCCGUCAAGCCAUGGAAAGGUCUAACUCUCAAGAAUGGAUUAAUGCCAUGAAAGAUGAGAUGAAGUCUAUGAGUGACAAUGACGUUUGGGAGCUUGUCUCAUUGCUUGAAUGUGUUAAACCCAUUGGUUGUAAAUGGAUAUUUAAAAUCAAAAGGGAUUCAAAAGGCAAUGUUAUAAGGUUUAAAGCUCGUCUAGUUGCUAAAAGCUACGCUCAAA